AUGGAAAUAGCUGCAGACGAUAUUGCGCUAUUGACUGACGAAGAGCGCAGGCUUAGUAUAACCUACCGUCUCCGUCCGCACUGUGCAGGAAAGAGAUGUCGAGUGAUUGCCGGGGUUAUUUUGAUUGUGCUGCUUAUCAUUAUUGGGAUCGUUGUGUUUGGUGUUGUAUUUGGCAUCAAAAACAAGUCUGCGAAGUCCAACCCUGUGAAAGGUACUUAUCUGUCACUGUAGAUUGUAUUGAAAGUUACAGAUUCAUUACUUGGGGCCUCGCCCAUCCAAUCACCUGCUUAAAGACGACAAAGCUAACGCGAUCGUAAAGUAGUUUACGUUGUCAGUUUCUUACUGAUUUGACCCACACUAAUGCAGCUUGCAUGCUUGAGCUUGUCUGCGUAAUAAAUCGAAUGCCGGUGCUUUAACUUGCACAUGCUAGUUCAGUUUACGUUAGUCAGUUAAGGAGGUGGCGUGCAGCGAAAAAAUGCCGGCAUGCCGGCAUUUCUUUUGAUUUACGGAGAAAAAUACUCAGUAAUAAGAUGGGUACUCCGAUAAGCGUGAGAAAGCAGUACCUAGUAUAGUUUCAUGAGGGCCGAAGCAAUUCACGGUCGAUGCAUCUUUUUCUGAAAUAUUCAUACUUAUACCUGUUUACCAACAGUCCUUGAAAGCUCUUGAAGUUUCGGUUAGCGAAAAAUUUUAAUAGUAAAACUUUUUGUUAUGUCUACCUAAGCCUGCGUAGCAAGCGUUUUCGAUCGAGGUACAGUAAUAGCCUGCGUAUAAGAACCUGAAUUUUUCAAUUUAGCCUAAAUAGGUUCUUAUAUAAAUGGUACUUAAAGUAAAUUUAGGCUACCGAGGUUCUUAAAAUAGGUUCUUAUAUUUUCAUAUGAAUUUCAUCUGAAUAUACUAUAUAUAUUAUAAAUAUCAUCUCAUAAUACAGUAUAAAUCAUUUAUUAGUACCACAGAGCAAUGCCUAUUGGCAGUUCAAUGCAGGUACAGGUCCUUAACAAAACAUAACAAACAAAGUUUCUACCUACACACUUUUACAGCAACCCCACUUAAGAACCUAACUUAAAAUUUUAGCCUAAAUAGGUUCUUAUGUGGAGGGGGCUUAAAAUGAAAAUUUUAGCCUAACAGGUUCUUAAAACCCAGGUUCUUAUACGCGAGCUAUUACUGUAUUACUCGAAAGUUGGAUCCAUCCUUCCUCUUUCGCUUUCGUUCCAACUUUCUUGACGAACCCAUGUGGAAACAAUCGCUACGCCGCAGGCUGUCCACCAAAAUCCCAACCAGGUCUUCGUGGUAGGUACUUCAUAUAUGAUUAUUAUUAUGUACCUAAGCAUACCUAUUAUUACUGUACUAUAUACAACACCAUAUACCCCUAUACAACACCAUACAUCACCAUACACCUCUAUACAUCACCAUACACCCCCAUACAUCACCAUACACCCCUACACAUCACCAUAUACCCCUAUACGUCACCGCACACCACCAUACAUAACCAUACAGCCCUAUACAUCACCAUACACUACUUCCAUACAUAACGAUACAGCCCUAUACAUCACCAUAUACCCCUAUACAACACCAUACAUUCCUAUACAUCACCACACAUCCCUCUACAUUCCCAUACACCACUAUACAUCACCAUACACCGCUAUACAUCACCAUACACCGCUAUACAUCACCAUGCACCCCUUUACAACACCAUACACCCCUACACAUCACCAUACAUCCCUAUACAUCACCAGACAUUCCUAUACAUCACCAUACAUCCCUCUACAUUCCCAUACACUACUAUACAUCACCAUACACCCGUAUACAUCACCAUACACCCCUAUACAUCAUCAUACACCCCCAUACAUAACCAUACACCCCUAUACAUCACCACACACCCCUAUACAUUACCAUACUCCCCUAUACAUCACCAUACUCCCCUAUACAUCACCAUACACCCCUAUACAUCACCANUGUACUAUAUACAACACCAUAUACCCCUAUACAACACCAUACAUCACCAUACACCUCUAUACAUCACCAUACACCCCCAUACAUCACCAUACACCCCUACACAUCACCAUAUACCCCUAUACGUCACCGCACACCACCAUACAUAACCAUACAGCCCUAUACAUCACCAUACACUACUUCCAUACAUAACGAUACAGCCCUAUACAUCACCAUAUACCCCUAUACAACACCAUACAUUCCUAUACAUCACCACACAUCCCUCUACAUUCCCAUACACCACUAUACAUCACCAUACACCGCUAUACAUCACCAUACACCGCUAUACAUCACCAUGCACCCCUUUACAACACCAUACACCCCUACACAUCACCAUACAUCCCUAUACAUCACCAGACAUUCCUAUACAUCACCAUACAUCCCUCUACAUUCCCAUACACUACUAUACAUCACCAUACACCCGUAUACAUCACCAUACACCCCUAUACAUCAUCAUACACCCCCAUACAUAACCAUACACCCCUAUACAUCACCACACACCCCUAUACAUUACCAUACUCCCCUAUACAUCACCAUACUCCCCUAUACAUCACCAUACACCCCUAUACAUCACCAUACAUCCCCAUACAUCACCAUACAUCACCAUACACCCCCAUACAUCACCAUACACUCCAUACAUACCCAUACACCCCUAUACAUCACCAUACACCUCUAUACGCGAAGUUCUUGGAAGGAUAAACGAAAACAGAUCGAAAUCCACCAAUCACAAAUCACGAACCACGGGCUUUCGUUUCCUAGGAAGUUCGCUAAAAUGUAAAGGCAACAAAGCGAAGAAAGCGUCGCUUCUUCAGAUUGUGAUUUACGUCGCAGAAAAACACAAAAUCCGAAGACGUUUUUGCCAUCACAGGUCGAGUAUUAUCCAAAAAACAGCUGUAAAAGCAUCGAUAAUUGAAAUGCCACAUGGAUUAUGUAGCCUCAGGAUCUUAUUUUGAAUUAGUGUUAUGAAUGAGCAAACACCAAAGAAUAGGCAUAGAUACCAGUGUUAUUCAAAACCCAUUCGUUUAUCCUUCCAAGAAUUUCGCGUAUAGAGGUGUAUGGUGAUGUAUAGGGGUGUAUGGUUAUGUAUGGAGUGUAUGGUGAUGUAUGGGGGUGUAUGGUGAUGUAUGGGGAUGUAUGGUGAUGUAUAGCGGUGUAUGGUGAUGUAUAGGGGUGUAUGGUUAUGUAUGGGGGUGUAUGGUGAUGUAUAGGGGUGUAUGGUGAUGUAUAGGAGUAUAUGUUGUUGUAUAGGAGUAUAUGGCGUUGUAUAGGAGUAUAUGGUGUUGUAUAGGGGUAUAUGGCGAUGUAUAGCGGUGUAAGGUGAUAUAUAGGGAUGUAUGAUGAUAUCUGUAGGUGUUUACAGUAUAAUAAUAAUAACAUAUAAUAAGAUAUAAUAAGUAUGUUUAGGUACAUAAUAAUAAUCAUAUAUGAAGUACCUACUGGCCAAAAGGACAUGAAGGAAAAGCGGGCAGCCAGGUUAUCGGCAGGUUUGUCCCACCUCCGUGAGCGAUAUUGGGCUAGUGUUGUUAGAGACUUAUCCAUCUCAAAAGUUUUAAGGCAAAUUAUUUAGAGCAGAAAGCUGGUUGAUCUGUUCUUUUCUGUCUGCCCAAUAAAAUUGCAAAUUGAUUCGACAUUCCUCAAUCUGGAUCGCGUAAAAAGAAUUAUAUUCGAAGAGUUUCCGUUCGUGUAAAGACACGUUAUUUAAGCCUGCACCUUCGAAAUUCACCAGCGGCGCUCAACGAAUUUUUUCCGUAAAAUAACAGUUCAGAGGAGAAAUUAGAAAUUUCUAAACCUCGAGAAAGGCUAAAAGUUUGUGGAUAACGGUUUCGUUCGUCUGUCAAUAUUCGGAAUUUUUCUAUCGGGUUACCUACGAUUUUCGGAGGUUGUUGCCGUUGUUUUUUUUCGUUAAAAAAAUGUCUCCUUGAAACAAGAAAACAGGAGGUUUGUUUUUACCUUAAACGAUUUAGUUUCUUUCAUUUUAGCCUCUCAGAUGUAUCCUCUGCCUCUCAAAUGUAUCCUCUACCUUUCUCCUCUGACUGAAAAGCACCUCAUAAGCUGUGGAAAUCUUAGCUGAAAAUAAAACAAAAAAAUUAAAAUUCUAUCUCAUUAAAUUACGCUGGUCUGCAGGAUUUCUUUAGAACUACGUACGUAUACAAGAAACAAUUGUAUUUCGUGUCGUUUUACUUAGCGGUAGCUGAACCUACACCAACCUCCAAAGUACAGAAAACGACUGGAAGGGAGCAGAAGCCAUGGACCAAAACAUCAAAGCCGUGGACAUACCCAACCCUAGCGUCAACGAAUACAUCAAAGCCAUGGACAUACCCAACCCUAGCGUCAACGAAUACACUAAAGCCAUGGACAUACCCAACCCUGGCCUCAACGAAAACAUCACAGCCAUGGAUAUACCCAACCCUUACCCCAACGAAAACAUCAAAGCCAUUGACAUACCCAGCCCUUACCACAACGAAAACAUCACAGCCAUGGAUAUACCCAACCCUCGCCUCAACUCCAGCUGCUUCUGUCCUCUCAACGCAAACUCCGCCACCGAUCAUUUGUAACACUUCAGCGUGCAGGAUCUCUCAAGGUUGGUGUUUAAAGUGCUUUAAUUGUUACACUAUUCAAAGAUUUAUCAGUACUACCGACUUGGGAGUCCUUACGCCGUCUGAACUGCAUUGGCUUUGACUACGCUGUGUGAUAGCGAUCGACUCCCGGUUGAUUGAUUGGGAUUGAUUAUAGUUUGGCAAUUAAAAUCUAGCAGAUCGGAUUAAGAACCUACAGCCUGCAAUUUAGACACCCCUUUUUAUAUAAGAACCACUUGCUUUAAUUCAGCCUAAACUGUAUUUGGAAAAGAUACUUAUUAGCGUGAUCUAGUUACCGUAAUAAUUAUUAUACAGCACUGAAUCAGUAUCCGUUGUGUUCUAUUGUAAGCUUGUCACAGUCUCAUAUUUUUUGAAAUAUUGCUCAUACAACAAUCCAGAAAUAAAAUAUUUUAAAAGCUAUAUUCACUAUCUACAGCGGUCUCGCCAAAGCGACUCUACAACGCGCAUACACCAUGCAUUCACUUUAUCAACUUCGAGAGAAGACACAUACUAUGGGUUGUUCUUAUGGCUUUGCAUCAUGCCUUACCGGCUCUGCGCUCCAAUGCACCUCUUUCGGAUAAUUUGUUUUUUCUCUUCCCACCUCAUCUCACCAAACUCCAUAUCGGGUCUAUAUCUUUUAUCUGGAAGAGGCCGCUAGAUUUUCCCAUUCUUGUAUAGAAGAAUGGGCAGACACUUUAAUUAGAAUUCGCUUGUUUCAAUUUUUUUAAAUAAAACUGUUUACCAGUAUCUCAUGAAUCAAAUUUCUGAACUCUAGUAACGUUAUAUACCACACCCAUGUUAUAGGUAAAUUUGAAUGUCAUGACCUGCCCCAUGCACCACUAUUUGGGAAAAUAACAACCCGUUUAGUCUGCGUGGAAGGCGUUUGAAGGAGAAGGAAAAGGCCCAAACGCCUGCCAUAAAGACUAAAAGCUACUUUGUCACUUGGUUUGAAACAAAUAAUAUUAAAUGAUCGCGCUUACAUUAUAAAACCAUGACAUCGACUGUUUCACGAUUUCAGAAAUCUCCAGAGAGCUGAACACCACAGUGAAUCCUUGUGAGGACUUUUUCUCUUACGCAUGCGGAGAGUUUUUCAAAAAACAUCAGCUCGGAGAAAAUCAGAGUACGGAAGAUGCCUUUUCGGUCCUCUUCCAUGACAAUAUGAGAGUAAUACGACAUGUGCUGCAGAAUGCUACUUCUGUUUACCCUCAGGUUCGAAAUCAAGUUUCUUUUAGUUUGGAAAUAAUAUAUAACCUUCCAUGAUAAUAAACAUCAUCAUCAUCAUCAUCAUCAUCAUCAUCAUCAUCGUAAUCACAAUCAUAAUUUGCAUGUAUUCUAACCAAUUGAUGCAUGUUGUUGUUGUUUAACAGAGCUCAUCAAUAAGGAAAACCACUCAAAUUUACAACUCGUGUGUUAAUACAGCUGCUAUUAACAACAGAGGAAAUGCACCUUUAUUAAGCUUGAUAGAGAAGUACGGUGGUUGGACAGUAACCGGAAAAGGACUGAACUCCUGGACAGUGCAAGAAAAAAUGGGACGUAUCCAAAGAGACCUGAAUGUACACUCUUUGCUGUUUGCUUCGGUUGGGACGGAUGACGAUGAUUCCACACGUAACAUUCUUACAGUAGGCAAAGCAUUUAUUGAGUCAUUAAAUAUGCGCAAGUGCCUGUUAAGUAGGUAGAUACCGGACAGAAAUGCUAUCAGUCCAGCAAAAAAAAAAAGUAAAAAAAAAAAAACGAUAAUAGUCAUGGUAACAAAUAAAGACUAGAAAAGUUAAAACUCUUCUGUUAGUCUUAAGGUCUCGUUGUUCCGUUUCGGGUCACUUGAUCCAAGCGAAAAUACGUCACCGAAAUGAACUGACCGAGAAGGCCUGCGAAGACGCUGCACAGGGCUUAGACAAGAAUCGAACAACACUUUGUUGCAAAACAUUGUUUCGAAAUGUUGCUGAAGAAAUCCUUGAAAGAAUAAGAAGACAUGUAUAAUAACUGGCUCUUACGGGUUUCCAGGGUGGUUGGUACAAUACAGAUUAUAUAUUUGAUUCAAAAUAUUAGUCAGCAUCCACGUGCUAGUUCUUUCUUGGUCUUUUGCAUCUAUUUACUAGAUUGGAACCUCACACCUAGGAAUCUGGAUUUGGUUCUACUAUGACCAAGACACAACAGAUCCUGAAGUUUUAAAGGUUGGUAUGGCAACUGGCGCCAAUUACUCGGUAGCCUGUGCAGGUUCUCAGAUAGUGAGGACGUCGCGAAAACAACGUCAGGCAGCCCCCCGCGAGUUUUUCGUUUCAGUUUUCACUCUCUCUGCAAGUAAGUAUCUUAACAGCUGGAGCAGGCUAAUUAAUCGGCUCCUGAAGCAACUCAUUUUUUACACCCAUAAAUCCACAAUAAGGAGGUAAGAACCGAAACUUAUAACUAACUUUAUCAAGUUAGCCUACCUGAUUAUCUCAGUUUCUUUGAAAUAAAUAAUGUGGAUCUAACUUAGAGGCUGAAGAUCAUAAUAUUAAGACGGAAUCCAUCAGAAAAUUGAUAAUUUUAUUUUUCAGAGCAAAAAAACCUUGUACCAGAAUAAUUUAAACAAUAUUGCAUUUUUUUUUACAUUUUUAAGGGCUAAAGAUGUAAUUAGUCAUCUGUAAUAACACCAAAGAAAAUUUCUUAUGGGAGCCCGAGAAAAUGAAUGUCAAAUAAUUUCACAAGAACUGUGAAAACACAGGUAAAAUUCUGAAAAUUUCUUGUGUAAGAUGUAAUUUUCUCGGGCUCCCAUAAGAAAUUUUUCUUUGGUGUUAUUACAGAUAACUAAGUACAUCUAUAGCCCUUGAAAAAUGUAAAAAAGACUGCAAUAUGCUUUAAAUUAUAUAUUCUGGUACAAGGUUUUUGUCCAUUGAAAAUCAAAAUUACUCAAUUUCCUGAUGGAUUCCAUGUUAAUAUUUUCCACCUUCAAUGCGUAAAUUAACCUAUAGUCCAUGUGAUCAACCUGCGCAUGAAAUCAGGCGGUCUCCAUUUCAAUUAACCGUUUCUCUCUUUCAAAAAAGUCGCUUCUAAAUGCAACAGCCCGUGUUUUAAGACGAUUUUUCCAAUUUUCUAAGCAAACAUCAUCAACAACAAAAGAGGAAGCUAUUGCAGCUAAGAUAAACCUCUCCAGGUCAUUCUCCAAGUCCAACCUUAUUAAUGAUAACAAUUCCCAUUAUUACUGAUUCUCCUUUUAUCUUCCAUUUGCGUCACUUAAAGAUUCAACAAGCAUAUAAAACGUACAUGAGAACGAUUGCACGUCUACUUGGAGGAGGAUCAGAUUCAGAGAAGAAGAUGAUGCGUAUCUACAACUUUGAAAGGGACCUUGCAAUUGUAAGUUAUGGUUCAGGUAGAAUAUAAAACCAACUCCAAAAAUGUUAAAUUGAAAAGGGACAGUCUACACUAAUAAACAAAUUCUUGCUCCUGUAAAUAACUAACUGUCGUAAUCGUUCAUAAGUAAGAUACCUAAACGAUCUCAAAUGUGUGCAAUUCCACAAUUGGUUUCAACUCCCACGCAAAGGGGUCUUCCCAGCCAGUGUCUGUCAGGACUCAACAGGAUGCAUAAAAGAGCGCAGCUGAAAUAAAUCUCUUUCUACAUCAGAAACCAGGUGAACGCGUCAAACAUGGGAGCUUCAAACUCCUUCCUUGGAGUUAUAGGCCUUAUCACGGUUUUCAACGCCAUCUUGACGAGUAGGUGAGCGCGUGAGAAAUUACAGUGUUUGUUUGAGAAUCUAAUGUCGAAUAAUUUCCGUAAAACGGCUGUUCUGAAAAAAAAAAAAUGAAUUGUAAACUAAAGCUGCACAGCGAAGGAUUGUUUACUAACAAGGUUUGGGGGCCGUUACUGUGCUCAAAUUUCUCCAGACCCUUGCUUUAGAUUUACCAUAUAUUUGUCUGCAACUUUUCCAGGGAAAUUUUAGUCGGCAGGAAGAAAAAUGUUUACAGACAAAUGUAUAGAAAAUUUUAAAUAGUGGUUCCAGCGCUUGUAGCUGCAUGUAACGCCCUGAAAUUUUCAGUACAAUCGUUAGGAGUGAAGCUUUAGUUUACAAUUCAUAUUUUUUUCGGAACAGCCGUUUUACGGACAUUAUUCAACAUUAGAUUCUCAUACAAACACUGUAAGUUCUCACGCGGUUGCCUACUCGUCAAGAUGGCGUCGAAAACCGUGAUAAGGCCUAUUCGGACCCUUCCCCGAGAGAACACUAGAAACGAGGUUGGAGAACUCUCAAGAAACGAGGAAACUAGAAGGAGUUAACGUUCGCAAAGACUUCUGGGACUGUACCUGUAACUGGCGAGUCCCCGGUGACCAUCUCAGAAAGGCAGAAACAAUUGCGAUACGUAUUUUGUCCCCAGUUUCCUUCUUAUUUGAAAAGUGGACAAUAACAUGGUUUCUUCAUGAUAAACGACAAAGCCAUUAGAGAUUUUACGCUCUGUUUCCUAUCUUCUAUUUCAUGAUAUUGCUUUUUUUCCCCUUUCUACAGUGGUGGGAUCGGGACAAAGCAUUCUCAGAUGACUUGGUCCAGCCCCUCGGGCAGUAUUAUCAUUCAAGAAGAUCCCUGGAUUUCUCAUUGGACAAGACUAUCGCUGACUUUUGCUCGGACUCCAAUUUUAAUGUGCGUAAUUUUAGCGACAGUGGACACACUGGAAACCCAGGUAACCAGUUUUAGCACUGUGAUUAUUUAAAAGAUGAAAGAUACGAAAACCAAAUUUGUAUAUAGUUUCUAUUUCGGCUUUUUAUAGUGCAGGCAAUAGAAUUAAUAAUGCUACUUUUGGUCGUUCACAAUGCCACCUAUAACUCAGAAUUGCCAAGGUAUAUGUUGUGGUUCAAUUUUAUCCUUGGUUCAAAUUUUAUUUCGCUUUGUUUUUCAGUAUGGUGAUAUAAUAAUGAGUUUAAAACAAACGGAAAUAAACUUUAAACCAAGGAUAAAACUGAACCAUAACAUAUAUAAUAGGCACUUGAAUUGGGUAGAUCAAGUAGCCUCCCACGUAGACGUUUUUAGGAGAGCUCGUUUUUCAUCCCUCCCCACAAACGCCUGCUCAACCGAAAGCAACAUUCCUUUCCCGUUGUUUUAUUUGCGUGGUAAGUGACCAAUCAACAGUUGUGUAAUAAAGUGUUGACAAACUAAACGCGACUAAAACGUGACCCUAGAGCUACCGUUUUCCUUCUUUUCUUUUCUUCGCAAAGGUUAUGCAGUGCAUGGAGUAUUCUAAAAUUUGACUAAAUCUUAUUUUUGCCGUUCUGAAUGUGACAUUUAUUAGAGGUCAGAACGUUUUCCCAGUGUUUCUUGCAGAUCGAGUAAUUAUCAGAUUACCUUGCGGUCAAGGUCAACUUUCCAGAAUUUGGAAAGUACAAUGUGAUUGGCUAAGCAUGGGAAAGGAAUGUUGUCUUCGGUUGAACAGUCGUUUGAGGGGAGGAAUGAAAAACGAGCUCCUCUAAAAACGCCUGCGUGGGAGGCUAUGGAUCAAGCACCAGCUCUCAUUCAGGGCUGAUUUACCGAAGGGUUACUGCCAAAACUUUAGAUUAGAACCGGGCUGUUUAUCAUUUGCAGAAAAAAUUCCGUUAAAUCCGGUUCCAGUGGCAAAUGUCCGGCUGCAACUGAACAUCUGAACACUAAAGGUAGUCCUCUUUUUCCGGCUGGAAAGUUCCAAACGGAAAUUCUUGUUGCUUUUGUUAAAUCGCAUCUUCGAUACCAGUUUCAGGCCUUCUCAGCCGUUUUUCGGUAAAAGGAAUAUUUUUAAGUGUAAAAACGGUAAACGCGACUCCGGGACGAAAUUACCAGUCCUGUCAGAUUUUGCUUACCAUUUGACCAAAGGCGUGAGCCGACCGCUUUGCCCAUGUACAAGGUAAACAAACCGAAAUUCCUGAAUACUUUUAGAAAGGGCCAAAGGACGUCAGUUACAGUAAACGCGGAUUGCGGGCAAUCAAACUACUAAAGUAUCAAUCAACACUAUUUUUUCAUUUACAGCCAACUUUUAUCCUGGAUUUUUUGAACACUGCAUUUCUGCACCAAGGAAUUACUUUCGACUCUAGGGAAAAAGUUUACUAUGGGAAUCACUUAAUCUUCCGGCACAUUGCUUCGAAGUAUCAGACUACGUAAGUGUCACGUAAAUAUUAGUCAUUUAUUACUAAAUUUUUUAAUUAUUAAAUAGAUGAGUAAAAUGAAUUUUAAAAGUGUUUAUGAACAGUACUGUCUUGUAUCUCGAGAAAAUUAUUCCCUUUAGUGGUUUACUUUUACUUUUAAAAAGCGAUGUUAUUUUUUUCGAAUAUUCUUCUAUCGAAUCAAUAACAGCGCCCAGUGUAAAGAAGAGAGAAUCGGUAAAUUAUGAUCAAUUAAAAGCAACCUAUCAGUCUGUCAAUAAUAGUCUAAUAAUCAGUGCUACCGGACAAAGGCGACAAAAACAUAUGAAGACGGUGAUACGAUGUUAAAAUUGGCAGCCCAAAGCUAAUGUUUGCCUGACCACAGUGACAAAGUUAGGGGUUACUCCAAAUACUUGUACAUACUUAGAUAACAAGCAGUUAUUGGUUUCGGCUUUCGUAUUAUGCAGAUAGCUAAAACAUGCUAAACUCGAUCGAUGUUAAGUUCCAUUCUUCAUUUGCAUUCAGGAUGGAAUCGAUGCGUCGUUGUAUUUUUUAGGCAGUAGUUCUUUGCAAAACUUGUGUGGUUGCCGUCCCUUUUCCUGCCGAUAUCCUGUAAUAUUGAUAUCAUUUUAGUGAAUAUCGCAAAUGUCUCUUCCAAAUUUGGCAACGCUAGCUUAUCAUGGAGAAUACCGCAAGACGGAAGAUUUGAGCCAAUCAGAAACGAAGAAAUAUUUUUAAUGAAUUAUUAUGGAGGCUAGUAAGUGUUGUUAAGAAACAAAAGGCUAUUGUUUGAGAAGGACCAUUUUAAGAACAUUUUAACUUGUCGACCCAUUGUGGAGCCGUAUCUAAAGUAGCUACAGCCCAUUUUUCUUGCCUAUAUUUGCUUAAUAGAUCCCAUGACAUUAUCAAGGACUACAUUAUGUGGCGAGUUAUUUCCCAGUACGUUUGGUCAAUGCCUGACGUUUUUGUUGAAGCUAAGCUUGAGUUUUACAAGGCUAUACGCGGGAAGCAAAAAAACCUACAUCAAAGAUGGUCUUUCUGUAUCGAUGAAAUGCUGACACCGAUGGACAUGACUCUGGGGAGGAUGUAUGUCGACGCACAUUAUGACGAAGCAACUAAAACAACGAUAAAGUUGUAA